AUGCAACCGGCAGAAGACUCAGAGCUGGAUGGGAGGAUUCGCUGCACCGUAGCAGUUGAGCAUCUGGGUGCAGCGGCGGCCCCGAAUCGGCUGCUCCUGAGAGAUGCCUGGGUCACCCUUGGGCGGAAUGAGUUCCGCGAACUGGUAUUACAGGUGACGAACACCUCGGGUCCGGGCCGUCUGCAGAACUUCCCUUUGCGACAGAAUGAAAUGCGACUCUUCACACGUUUUGUGAAGGAUGGGAAGAGCUCGAUCCGGUUGGGUCCCUUAGGUUCCAAUUAUGUACAGCUGCUGCUCUCUAAUUGUCCUCCGGAUCGCUUGCGUCGCUUUGUUCAGACUCUGCGCAUCAAAUUUGAAGCCACCCAGCACAGAAUGAAGCCGGUGGCUGAGCGGACAAGGCUCCUCUCUAGCUUGCCACGCACAUUUGACACAGUAAGCCCGGUGCAAGUCCGCGAUUUGCAACAAACAAAUGCCAGAGAAGCUCUGGCUAAGGUUACAGCCACCCCCAGGAAAGGACAGACUUUAUGCUGCAGGUCUCGGAAGCGUCCAAUGGAAUCAGUGGAUGGGAGGCAGAUGACUGAAGAACAGCAGGUGAAGAAGCCUUGGUUGAUGAGCUCCAGAGCAACCCUUUCCCAGGAGCAGUCAAGAGUGCUGAGUGCUGUGUUGAGUGGAAAGAAUGUCUUCUUCACAGGGAGUGCUGGAACCGGAAAAUCCUAUUUACUGAAAAAGAUUGUGGCCUCCUUUCCUCCAAAUGGCACUUACGUCACAGCCAGCACAGGAGUGGCAGCAUGUCAGAUUGGGGGCAUCACACUCCAUGCUUUUGCAGGUAUUGGGUCAGGAAAGGCCCCUCUGCAUCAGUGUCUUGAGCUGGCUCAGAGACCUGGGGUUCGGCAGCAAUGGCUGAAUUGCCGCUGUCUGAUCAUUGAUGAGAUCUCAAUGGUGGAAGGGGAAUUCUUUGAUAAACUGGAGGCAGUUGCUAGAGAUGUCAGGAAAUGUGAGGAUCCAUUUGGAGGAAUCCAUCUUAUCAUUUGUGGAGACUUCUUGCAAUUGCCUCCCGUUGCCAAGGACCACAGGCAGCCCAAGUUCUGUUUCCAGGCAAAGAGCUGGAGAAAAUGCAUCCAUCUCAAUAUGGAGUUGACAGAAGUUCGGAGACAGGCUGACAAGGAGUUCAUUUCUCUUCUGAAUGCUGUCCGUCUUGGCAGAUGUACAGAGGAAGUCAACAGACUGCUGACCCAAACAAUAAUGCAAAAAGUGGAGAGAGAUGGAAUAUUGGCUACGCGGUUGUGUACUCACAAGGAUGAUGUAGAGUUCACAAAUACCAUGCAGCUACAGCAAUUAUCUGGACAGCUAAGGUCUUUCAAGGCUGUUGACAGUGAUCCUAUGUUGGCAAAGACUCUUGAUGCACAGUGUCCUGUGAAGAGCAUUAUUGAACUCAAGGAAGGUGCCCAGGUGAUGCUUACAAAGAAUCUUGAUGUUUCUCAAGGUCUGGUGAAUGGGGCUCGUGGAGUUGUGAUUGGAUUUGAAACUGAAGGAAAAGGUCUGCCUAAAGUGAGAUUUCUUUGUGGCGUGACUAAUGUUAUUGGAUUGGAGCGAUUGGUUUUUAAAGGGCCAGGAGGCACUUACCUUACUCGCCAACAGAUACCCCUGAAGCUGGCCUGGGCCAUUUCUAUCCACAAGAGCCAGGGUAUGACUUUAGACUGUGCUGAGGUUUCUUUAUCUCGCGUCUUUGAAAGUGGGCAGGCAUAUGUAGCACUUUCUCGUGCUCGUAGUCUUGCGAGUCUUCGAGUUUUGGAUUUUGAAGCCAAGGUAGUCAGAGCUAAUCCAUGUGUACUGCGAUUUUACAAGGAGCUGAAGAGAGACCAAUUUUUAAAUCAGGCCUCUUUGCAUUCCUAUAUUCAUGUUGGUAAAGAAAAUGAAAAAGUUAAAGGGACAUAAAUGGAAUCCUUGAUACCAUUUUAUUAAUUUACUUUUGGAA